AUGGGCACAACCGAUGACGACUGGCGGAUUAACUACAAGCCAACGGAUACUCACUAUAAGCAAGGUCUGCAAAUCCUCCGGUCCGGUAACAUCGAGGGCUUCGGCAUGGCCAUGUUUGCACGUACACAUUUCCCUAAUGGCGAUGGCAACUGCGAGGCUAAAUAUGGCUUGGCUGAUAAAGCACUUGGGCUGCCAGAGGAGAAUUUCCGUGAAGCUACUAAGCUUGCCGUUGAGAUGACUGAGGCGGGAUUUGGGGAGAGUUGGAAAGAGAUAAACGGAGGUGCUGCUAAGUAA